UCUAUACCAUCUAUCCCUAAGUGCACGGGAAUGGUUUAUGCUCCUAUUCGCGCUUAUAAUAUGAAUACCAUUAGGCUUGCAUUACCAUGCCAUAUGGAAGCAUCCAUAAAAAUUAUUAAAAUCAGCGGAAUUUUCACAACGAGACUGUUUUACAGACGUAGGUCAAUGAGAAUAUGUGAACAGGCUUUUUUGCACGAAGAAAGACACAGGAAAGUUUGCAGCGAUCUAAAGGACCUAGAGUUGCCAAUAGAUUCUUCACAGGAACACGAAAAUAGCACACUCCUUAUCGACCACAACAAUGAAUCAACUAAUACGCCGUCAUAUACCCCGAUUCUUGCUGCACGAAGUUCGCAAAAACCCUCACCACCCGAUGAAACCCCGUCCCGUUAUAUGACCACCAAGGGAGGCGCCAACAUUAAGUUAAAAUUGAUGACGCAACAACAAAAAGUCAUCCGUUCUGUUGAUUUUAAAGGGAAUUAUCUCCAAAGUCGACCUAUCAUCAGUUCACCGCUUGCACCAGUUCGUAAAGCAGAGAUCAAUAAACGUAAUGCUGUACAUGAUGAUAAUAGUGAUGCCAGUGCUUAUAUUAAUGAGAUUGAUCGAAUUUGUUUAUAUAUCAAUGAUUUUUACCGACAAAUAGCAGAAAUUCGAAUUAAUAUGAGCAGCUUCCAGGAG